GCCUGGACUUGCAGGCCUUGCGGACUCUCAGGCGUUGCCUUGGAAACGUGACGUUGCCUCUCCGGUCUCCCACGCUGCGCCCCGGCAGGCCAAAGUGGUGAGCAGAGCUGGUGGGCCUGGCAGCCACGUCUGCUGCUGUUUCUGCUGGAAGAGUCUCCUGUAAGGCUUUCCUCAGGAUGUGGGGCUGCGGGGCCCGGCUCCUCCUUCCCUUGCUGUUCCUGGGCUGCUGCACGCAGCUCCACACCGUCGGGGCCUGGGAUAGCGGUGACCUGGAGCUGUUCGAUUUGGUGGAGGAGAUCCAGCAAAACUUCUACGAGUUCCUGGGGGUGGAGCAGGAUGCUUCAUCUGCUGACAUUAGGAAAGCCUAUCGCAAACUGUCUUUAACGUUGCACCCCGACAAGAACAAGGAGGAAAACGCAGAAACUCAGUUCAGACAAUUGGUUGCCAUCUACGAAGUAUUAAAGGAUGAAGAGAGGAGACAGCGGUACGAUGAUAUUCUUGUUAAUGGCCUCCCGGACUGGCGACAGCCUGUAUUCUAUUACAGGAGGGUGAGGAAGAUGAGCAAUGCCGAGCUAGCAUUGCUUUUGUUCAUUAUUUUCACAGUGGGCCAUUAUGCUGUGGUUUGGUCCAUCUACCUGGAGAAGCAGCUGGAUGAACUUCUCAGCAAGAAAAAGAAAGAAAAGAAGAAGAAAGCUGGGGCAAAAGCUUUAGAUGAAAUCAAAUUUGGGCAGAUGGAAAAAAAUGAAAGAGUCUUAGAAAAACCACAGUGGCAGGAUUUGCUUCCUUUCAAGCUCGGAAUCUGGUUCUAUCUCACAGUCAGAUCUCUUCCUCAGCUUUAUCAGGAUGCCAAGCAGUAUUAUAUAGAAUAUCAGGAAAAAAAGCUGAAAGAAAAGGAAGAAGCUGCAGAACUUGCAGAAUUAGAACUGAUCCAGAAGGAGAAAAAGCCCAAAGUUAAAAAGGCCAAAUCUGAAUUUCCAGUCUAUUCAGCCGCUACUGCUAAUGUCAUUCUACCAGGGUAUGAUCAGUGUGCCAGUAUUGAAGAUAUUGAAUCGCAAAUGGACGACUGGUUGGACUGUAGAGGUCGAGACCAAAAAAAGAAGGCCCCGGAAUGGACAGAGGAAGACCUGAGUCAGCUGACAAGAAAUAUGACGAAGUUCCCAGGGGGCACCCCCGGUCGAUGGGAGAAGAUUGCACAUGAAUUGGGUCGAUCAGUGACAGAUGUCACAACAAAAGCAAAACAAUUAAAGGAUGCAGUGUCCUGUUCUUCAGGUACCGUUAGAUUCUCUGAUUUAAAGUGUUCUGUGAAGGCAAGUGUGAAUCUGUCUGACAGUCUAAUCACACACAGAGAAGAAGAAGAACUGGACUCGGAGGAGCAGGAUCUCCCUGCAGGACAGAGCGAGGGCCACACAACAGCUGCCAGGGCCCGAAGAAGGAAGGGUGCAAGGGGUGCAGCAGAAGCCGCUUCUUCAUCCAGAGGAGAAGUGGAGGAGAAGGUGAGAGGCAGGCGCCAAAGAGACUUUGAUACAGAGCAGGAGGCUGAAGAGCUUGGAGACAGUGACAAUGACAUGAGAAAAAAGGAGCAAAGUCGCAGUUCGGAAGAUUUAUGGAGUCAGAACCAGCAGAAGCUGUUAGAGCUGGCACUGCAACAAUACCCCAAAGGCACCGGCGAGCGUUGGGAUAAAAUUGCUAAAUGUGUCCCCGGGAAAAGCAAGGAGGACUGUAUAUGUAGAUACAAACUGCUAGUGGAAUUGGUGCAGAAGAAAAAACAGGCCAAAAGCUGAUGGUGGCGCAUUCCACGUGACCUGCUGUACUGCAUGGAGAAUGGAACGGCCCAGAGUCUAUACCUCAGUAUUCCUUUCAACAUGUGCCUUAGAACCAAUGGGUGAAUGUUGCCAUCUGAAAGAAUUCACGUGUUUAAGAAAUAAACAUAUUUUUAUACCA